AUGUCACGAAGUGCUAGUGAUCUUAAUCAAUUUUCUACAUCAGAGGCAAGAAAAGGUCACAAAGGAGGUCUUGGUUAUGUUUUAUUAAUGGGUGGAAUGCUAGCAAAAACAAUGGCUGCAUUAGGUUUUGGUGGAGUUGCUAUGCUGGCAUUAAAAGCUUUAGGAGCAUCUUUAGCAGCAUUAUUACUUUCUUCAGUAGUUGGAUUAAAAAAACUAGGCGAACAAGGUCAUCAUGAAAGUCACGUUCACAAAGUAGUUAUUUUAAGCGCCUUGUGCUUACUUGCAGUUGCUGCAGAAUCAUCAUUUAAGGAAUGUCUUGAGCAAGACUCGAUCUCUUGUGUUCAAAUGACGCUAUUUCGUAAAGCAAGAGACUUCUUUGAUCAACAAGACAUUUCUGUCGUAGAUGGGUUGUCAUUCAAAAAAGAUUCAGUUCGGGGUGCACGCUCUAUUCCCGUUGACACUUCUGCAAUUGAAGCUGCAAAUACAAUUGAAUCACGUGAAGAUGCUUUGGAAAACUACGUUUCUGAGAGAGCAAUGAAUUUCUUCCAAGAGCGUUCUUUGAAUCUUGAUAUGAUGACUGUCGGUCGUGCAGUCUCACAAGCAAUUCCAGAAGAAGUAAAAGAAUCAAUGCGCUCAAUGGUUGGCGAAGCACGCAAAAAGAAGAAGAAGCUCCUCAAGAAAUUGGCACCUCUCUUGGGAUUAGUCAAACUUAAGGCUCAAGGACUUAUGUUAUUGGCUCUCGUUGGAAUUGCUAUUAUCGCUAAAAAAGCUUUAGUUAUUGGAGUCAUCGCUCUGGUUUUGGCCAAAUUGGGACUUGUCAAAGCUAUCAUUGCCAAGGUCAGCUCUAAAGCCGGAGGUGGCGGUGGUGGAAUCGCUGAUCUUUUAGGAGGAUUAGGAGGAGGCAGCAGCAGCAGCUCUGGUGCCGAGGCCGUCGCUUACCAAGCAUAUGCUCCCCAAACUGGUUCAGAUAAGCCGGUUCAAAAUGACUUUAAGCACUACAUUGAUCGUGGUCAAGUUCAACCAUUAGCAAAUGGUUUUUAUAAAGUUAAACCCUUAAAAUAUAACAAAAUGACAAAUUUUUUAAAAAUUGUUUGCAUUGUCACUUUUGCGACGGUAGUAAGUGCACUACCUACUGAAGAUUUUCCAGAAACCGCAAGAAACGCAAUAAAUACCGAGAAUGAGUUGAUGGACAGUAUAUACACUGAUUGUGUUCGAAAAGAUUCGGUGAACUGUGUUAAAUACAAGUUAUUUUCUAUCGUAGAUAAAAUUUUGGACAAACGUGACACUUUCGCUGUUACAGAAGGUGUUACUGUUGUAAAAACAGCGAAGACUAAUGAAAAAGAGGGAUCUCCACGAGGAUUAAAUGAAAACAAUUCAUUAGAAUCAAUGAUUCUCGGACGCAUUCAAAACUAUUUGCAAACACACACAAUAAAAGUAGAACUGAAGGGUGUCGAUGUAGUUAAUGCAAUAAGUUCAACUUCUCGAGCACUUGAAGAAGUGUCAAAUAGUUUUUCAAGUGGUGGUUCAACUUCAGAAGAAGCCAGAGGCAAAGGAAAAAAAAAGGCUAAGUUAUUAGGACCACUUCUUUUGGCAGUAGCAUUGAAAGGUGCUGCUCUCAUUCCUUUAGCCUUAGGAGCUAUUGCUUUAAUUGCUGGCAAAGCGUUGUUAAUAGGAAAAAUUGCACUGGUAUUAUCAGCAAUAAUUGGUUUGAAAAAAUUGCUGUCUCAAGAAAAGCAUGUAACUUAUGAAGUUGUUGCUCAUCCACACCAUACAAGCUCACAUAGUUCCAGUCACAGCGACGUUGGAGGAUCGGGUUACAGUUCAGAUGUUGGAAGCUACGGUUCUGGAGGUGGUAGUCAUGGAUGGGGCCGUUCUGCAAAUGCACAGGAUAUUGUGUACAGUGCGUACAAAUCAACGUAA